AUGGGUUCAAUUACAUCACCAUGCAACCUUCACUUCAUAUUCAUCCCUUUCAUGGCACCUGGUCACAUUCUUCCGAUGGUUGAUAUGGCCAAGUUGUUAUCCCAGCGUGAUGUGAAAGUCACCAAAGUCACCACACCCCUCAAUGCCACCAAAAUCAAAGCUAGCAUUGAUAGAGAGAUUCAAUCAGGCUCACCAAUCCAACUUCUACCAGUGAAAUUCCCAAAUGUUGAAGCUGGAAUACCAGAAGGAUGUGAGAGCCUUGAAACUCUGCCUUCAAUGGAUCUCAGGGAGAAUUUCUUCACAGCUUUGAGUCUAUGGCAGAAACCACUUGAAGGACUUCUUGAAAAGUUGAACCCCUUUCCAAGCUGCAUUGUAUCUGACAUGAACAUUGCAUGUGUUGCUGAUAUCUCCACCAAAUUCAAAGUCCCAAGAAUAAUCUUUGAUGGGACUAGUUGCUUCAAUCUCCUAUGCAAUCACAAUUUGCACACUUCAAAGGUCUGUGAAACUGUAUCUGAUUCAAAUCAAUUUAUAGUUAUCCCUGGAUUGCCACACAGAAUUGAAAUGAAGAAAUCUCAAUUACCUGUGAUUUUCACCCCUGGCCCAAACCAAAAGCUGAAUGCUGUACGCGAGAGAAUCAGGGAAUCUGAGGCACAAGCAUAUGGGAUAGUGGUGAAUAGUUUUAAAGAGUUGGAGGAAGCGUUCAAGUGA